AACCACCUCAUUUGGGGAUGCUUCUGUCUUGCUAGCAGUGCCAGAGAGAACUUCGUCAUUGUCACCUCAUCAAAGACUACUUCUUGAGAGCUCUCCUGUAGGGCUAGAUUCCGAGAGCAGCCUCUGAUAUUUGGAGGGUGAUCUUUACAGAGUAACUGAGUAUGGAUCAUUUGAACGAGGCAACUCAGGGGAAAGAACAUUCAGAAAUGUCUAACAAUGUGAGUGAUCCGAAGGGUCCACCAGCCAAGAUUGCCCGCCUGGAGCAGAACGGGAGCCCACUAGGAAGAGGAAGGCUUGGGAGCACAGGUGCAAAAAUGCAGGGAGUGCCUUUAAAACACUCGGGCCAUCUGAUGAAAAGCAACCUUAGGAAAGGAACCAUGCUACCAGUUUUCUGCGUGGUGGAACAUUAUGAAAAUGCCAUCGAAUAUGAUUGCAAGGAGGAGCAUGCGGAAUUUGUAUUGGUGAGAAAGGAUAUGCUUUUCAACCAGCUGAUAGAAAUGGCCUUGCUGUCUCUGGGUUAUUCGCAUAGCUCUGCUGCCCAGGCCAAAGGGCUAAUCCAGGUUGGAAAGUGGAAUCCAGUUCCACUGUCUUAUGUGACAGACGCCCCUGAUGCUACAGUGGCAGAUAUGCUUCAAGACGUGUAUCAUGUGGUCACACUGAAAAUUCAGUUACACAGUUGCCCCAAACUGGAAGUGCCCCCAGAGCAGUGGUCGCACACCACCGUCAGGAACGCACUGAAGGACUUACUGAAGGAUAUGAAUCAGAGUUCCUUGGCCAAGGAGUGCCCCCUUUCACAGAGUAUGAUUUCUUCCAUUGUGAACAGUACUUACUAUGCAAAUGUCUCAGCGGCAAAAUGUCAAGAAUUUGGAAGGUGGUACAAACAUUUCAAGAAGACAAAAGACAUGAUGGUUGAGAUGGAUAGUCUUUCCGAACUAUCCCAGCAAGGUGCCAACCACGUCAACUUUGGCCAGCAGCCGGUCCCAGGGAACACAGUGGAGCAGCCUCCAUCCCCCGCGCAGCUCUCCCACGGCAGCCAACCCUCUGUCCGGACCCCUCUUCCGAACCUGCACCCUGGGCUCGUGUCAACGCCCAUCAGUCCUCAAUUGGUCAACCAGCAGCUGGUGAUGGCCCAGCUGCUGAACCAGCAGUAUGCAGUGAACAGACUUCUAGCCCAGCAGUCCUUAAACCAACAAUACUUGAACCACCCUCCCCCUGUCAGUAGAUCUAUGAAUAAGCCUUUGGAGCAACAGGUUUCCACCAACACAGAGGUGUCUUCCGAAAUCUACCAGUGGGUACGUGAUGAACUGAAACGGGCAGGAAUCUCCCAGGCAGUAUUUGCACGUGUGGCUUUUAACAGAACUCAGGGCUUGCUCUCAGAAAUCCUCCGAAAGGAAGAGGACCCCAAGACAGCAUCCCAGUCUUUGCUGGUAAACCUUCGGGCUAUGCAGAAUUUCUUGCAGUUACCGGAAGCUGAAAGAGAUCGAAUUUACCAGGACGAAAGGGAAAGGAGCUUGAAUGCAGCAUCCGCUAUGGGUCCUGCCCCCCUGAUAAGCACACCGCCCAGCCGCCCUCCCCAGGUGAAAACAGCUACUAUUGCCACGGAGAGGAAUGGGAAACCAGAGAACAAUACCAUGAACAUUAAUGCUUCCAUUUACGAUGAGAUUCAGCAGGAAAUGAAGCGCGCGAAAGUUUCCCAGGCACUGUUUGCAAAGGUUGCAGCAACCAAAAGCCAGGGGUGGUUGUGUGAGCUGUUACGCUGGAAAGAAGAUCCCUCUCCAGAAAACAGGACCCUGUGGGAGAACCUCUCCAUGAUCCGAAGGUUCCUCAGCCUCCCUCAGCCAGAACGUGAUGCCAUUUAUGAACAGGAGAGCAACGCGGUGCAUCACCAUGGUGACCGGCCGCCCCACAUCAUCCACGUGCCCGCAGAGCAGAUUCAGCAGCCACCUGCUCAGGCGCAGCCGCAGCCAGCGCCGCCCCCAGCUCAGGCUCAGGCGCAGCAGCCACAGGCCGGGCCCCGGCUCCCCCCGCGGCAGCCCACAGUAGCCGCGCCGGCUGAGGCGGAGGAAGACAGCAGGCAGAAGGCGAGACCACGGACCAAGAUCUCAGUGGAGGCGCUGGGCAUCCUGCAGAGCUUCAUCCAGGACGUGGGCUUGUACCCGGACGAGGAGGCCAUCCAGACUCUGUCCGCCCAGCUGGACCUGCCCAAGUACACCAUCAUCAAGUUCUUUCAGAAUCAGCGGUACUAUCUCAAGCAUCACGGCAAGCUGAAGGACAACUCGGGCCUGGAGGUGGACGUGGCCGAGUACAAGGAGGAGGAGUUGCUUAAGGAUUUGGAGGAGAGUGUGCAAGACAAAAAUGCUAACACCCUUUUCUCGGUGAAACUAGAAGACGAGCUGGCGGUGGAAGGGAACACAGACAUUAACGCUGACGUCAAAGACUGAGAGGUCUCCUCCUCCAUCAGCACCGCUGGUAUUGACUAUCUACACGGAGCGUCCACUCUGUACGCGCUCAGCAAACCUUGUCCAUUGUUUGGCCAAUGAAUCUUCAGAAACUUGCACAAACAGGAAAGCCGCAAACGGAUGAUACAGACUGCACUAAAUGUUUUACUCUCUUUUACAAACUGCUUGGCAGCCCCAGGUGAAGCAUCGAGGAUUGUUUGGUAUUAAAAAUGAAAAUUUGUGUUCACGGGACACACCCAGGUGUGUACCCUGUAAGCAUGAUACCAGUGAUUUUUUUUUUUUAAUUAUUAUUAUUCUGGAGCCUCAAACAAGCAUUAUAACUUCUGUGAUUAUUAUUUUCUUUAAUUAUUUCUGUAACACUUCACACUGAUCUUUGGAAACUCGCCCCUUGUUUUAAAAAAGAAAAAGAAAAAAAGAGUUUGUUACUCUAUUGUAUGUUACAAAAGAACUAUAGACUGUGGAAUGCAGUUUAAAGAUGACAUAUGCCAACAAAUGCCUUGUAUUAUAUGGCACUGCCGUAAUUCAAAUUUGUUUUUAUUUUGGAAAUAAAAGUUCACUGUAAUUUUUUUUUCAUUCUCAUCGUUACAUGAUUUUUUAAAAAAUGAAAAGAAAAUGUGAAACACAAUUUAGUCCUCAUUAUUUAUUUGUAGAUCCUGCAGCAUCAUGUUGUAAUUAAUUUUUUGGAAGUUUCUGUUAAAUGUAAUAUUGCUUCUCUUGUUACCAUACUGAUUCUUUUCUAUUUAUAAAUGUAUUUUGAUGGGCAGUAAAACAAAGUGUCUUAAAAGUUUUAAAUAGAUAAAAUGUGCUUUACACAGUUGCCUAUAAAAAGUGCUCUAUGUUAUCCAAGCAAUUCAUACUAUAAGCUUCACUCUUAUUGUUGUAUGCAAUUUUUACUAUCAUGCAAAUAAGCUUAGGUAAAUAAAACUAAUAGAUCACCUUAGAAAAUUAUGCAAUUAAUGUGAAAAUAAUUGAUGUUGCAAUGUGUCUUCCUUUGGUUUACAAUCAAUUUUAAAGCUACAUCUGUAUAAAAUUUCUGUAUAAAGGUGUAUUUCUUUUUUAUGAGUUUAUGGCUAUGAAAACACCAGCUAUUUUGUUACAGCUGGCUGUUUUUAUAAGUGUAUCACAAUUUUCUUUAUGCAGAAAUGUUCUGAUUAGGAGUGGUUAUUGACUGUAACUACACAAUUAAAAUUGUUUGUUAUGGUAUGACAUGGUAGGGUUUGUCUGCUUAUGUGAAGUUACAUAAAAGAGUCAAAGAUGGUCCUCAGUUAGAUGCAUGUGAAUACUUUCUUGAUAUUUUACUGAUUUUAAAAAGAGCAAUGAAAAAGUCACUUAAAACACUGUAAAUUUAAAUCACAGACACAUGCUCAUUUUUAAAGUUUAACAAAAGAAGACGAUAAUCUGGUUUGGGUUAACAUUUUACUUAGCAAACAAGAGAUAGCAGGAUCGUCAAAAAAAGGACUUGCCAGCAAAGACAUCAGAUCAGUCUUUAGCAGUAUGUGCUUAGAAUGGAUUCAUUUGCAUUUACUUCACAACACUUCCAUCAUGGCAACAGUUUUUUUUUAUCUGAUGUAUAAGUAUUUUUAAAGGCCAUUAAUAGUAACAUAAGUAAGGGGGAAAAUGGACCUUCUGUAUAAAAACUCCUUAGUAAGCAAUGUAUUUUUUUAAGUUGUAAAUGGAAUAUAACUUCAAAACUCUGAGCUCAUUUGGUUGUUUAUGUUAUAUCUAUAAGAACUCCAUGAAGAAAAUAAGAAUAACACACCUGGAAUUUAAACAUGCUCGUCAAAACUCUUGCAACAUAAAACUCAGUAAACUCCCAAGGUAUAAAA